AGGCGGCGGGGCCGGCGGCGCGGCCGUCCCGGCCCGUCCCGCUGCAUCCCGCCGCCGCCGCCGCCAUGGGCCUCACGGUCUCCGCCGUCCUGUCCCGCAUCUUCGGCAAGAAGCAGAUGCGGAUCCUCAUGGUGGGGCUGGACGCCGCCGGCAAGACCACCAUCCUCUACAAGCUGAAGCUGGGCGAGAUCGUCACCACCAUCCCCACCAUCGGGUUCAAUGUGGAGACAGUGGAGUACAAGAACAUCUGCUUCACGGUCUGGGACGUGGGUGGUCAGGACAAAAUCCGACCCCUGUGGAGGCACUACUUCCAGAACACACAGGGCCUCAUCUUCGUUGUGGACAGCAAUGACCGUGAAAGAGUGCAAGAGUCUGCAGAUGAGCUGCAGAAGAUGCUGCAGGAGGACGAGCUGCGAGACGCCGUGCUGCUGGUGUUCGCCAACAAGCAGGACAUGCCCAACGCCAUGGCCGUGAGCGAGCUGACCGCCAAGCUGGGCCUGCAGGCGCUGCGCGGCAGGACUUGGUACGUGCAGGCAACCUGUGCGACCCAGGGCACGGGGCUCUACGACGGGCUGGACUGGCUAUCGCACGAGCUCUCCAAGCGCUAGACGGGGCCGGCGACGCGGGGACCGGAUGAGCUGGGGACAUCUCUUCCAACUGCUGUUUCGUUUGGUUUUCUUCCUUAUUUUGGCUUUGUUGAUUUUUCCCUUUCUCCCCAGAGCGGCCUCGUCUCUGAACGAUCUGUGUGUUUAUCUGGUAGGACUUGAACCUCAAGGACUCUUGAGGCAGCUCCGCUUUGCAGCGUCCUGCCUGCCCUGCCCGGACCUAGCCGUCCUCCCCAGCUGCGCCUGUCGUCUUCUCGGAAACCCCGCGGUGCCUGCGCGAGCCGGCGCGGCGCUGGGGGCGGCUAGCCGGGAAGGGGGCUGCUCGGACGUGCCGGGGGUGCCGGGUCCCUGGGCGCCGGCGGGUGGGGGGGUCCCGGCUCCUCUCCCGGAGGCGGGCAUUGGCGGGCUGAGCGGGGCUCGGAGGCGGCGGCUGCGGCCACGAUAACGCUGCAGGACAGGAAGGAUUUUCCUUUUUAUCCUUCGAUAAACUUUAUAGUUCUCUUUCCCUUGGGGAGGGGGCGUAUGGCUGCGUAAUGUGCUGUUGUAUAUUGAGUAAUUAAACGCCACCACUUUGUACCCUGCA